AUGGCGAGUCUGAUUGCUGAAAAGAAUGACUUGCCCAUUGAGGAGGAAGAGGAUGAGCGAAAUCUCAACUACAACCCUCCAGCUCAGAAGUCCCUGCAGGAGAUUCAAGAGCUGGACAAGGAUGAUGAAAGUCUGGUGAAGUACAAGCAGACCCUGCUGGGGCCAGAAGCAAUGAUGGCAGACGCCUCUGGUCCUAAUGUCAAGGUGACCAGAUUGACCCUGCUGUGCGAUGACGCUCCUGAACCAAUUACUAUGGACCUGACAGGAGACCUGAUCGCUCUGAAGGAGAAGAGCUUCUCCUUACAGGAGGGAGUGAAAUACAGACUAAAGAUACACUUCAAGGUGAACAGAGAAAUAGUUUCCGGCCUGAAGUACCGUCAAGUUACCUACAGAAAAGGAGUGAGAAUGAACAAGGCGGUGUACAUGGUAGGAAGUUACGGCCCACGCGCAGAGGAGCAGGAGUUUCUUUGCCCGAUCGAUGAGGCAGCUAAAGGCGUGAUGUCCCGUGGCCAGUAUCAGAUCAAGUCCUGCUUCACUGAUGAUGACAAGAACGUCUACUUAUCCUGGGAGUGGAACCUCAAUAUCAGCAAGGACUGGAAUUAAUCGAUUGGGAGUGUGUGUGUGUGUGUGUGAGAGAGAGAGAGAGAGUGUGAGUGUGUAUGUGUGUGAGAGAGAGGGAUAAUUCUGCUCUCUUUCCUUCUUUCAAAUCUAUUCUUCAUCCCCUCUUGUCUCUGUCAUCCUCCGCCACAUUUCAUGAGAGCUACCUUGCAGUGGCCAAAACAAGAAGUUUUCUAACUCUUCUCUUUUUCCUUUUUCUUCUCUUCCACCUUUUCCCUCCUUUUCUGUUUAGUGCACUACAUGCAGGCCUCCAGAAACCCACGAGUGACUGAGACUUUUAGAAAAGAGAAUGCCCUCUUUCUCUGCUAUUGUUCAGAGUUAACCACAUGCUGAAAUCUCCCUUUCCGCUUGCUUCCAGUUCCUUCCUCAUGGCGCGCGUAGGCAAGUAAUGAAAGGGUGUUUAAUCCGUUCAAGGCACAAAUCCAAUAAAAUAUAAACAUGGCAAAAUCAUUUUUAUAGCUGAAGGGAAACAAACUCCAGAGACUGCUGUUGUGGCCAGUAAGGUGGAUUUAUUAUUUUUUAUUUUAUCAUUAUAGAGUUAACUCGGACAAGAUGUCCUGAGGAGCUUGCAGCACACAUUAGAACAGGUUUUAUAUAGCAACAUCGCAACAGCAGUCGCCUCUAAGUGCUUUAUAGUGUAAGGUAAAGACGCUACAAUAUUAGAAAGAAAAUCCCACCAAUCAAACAACCCCUAUGAGCAAGCACCUGGCCACAGUGGGGAAGAAGAAACUCACUUUUAACAGGAAGAAACCUCCUGCAGAACCAGCAGGAGGGAUUUCAGAUUCACACAUCAGAGCAUUUCAGGUUUAAAAAGCAGAGGUACAGACAAAAGUGAAGAUGAGAGGGGCAGGCUCAUGCCGGUGAUAGAAGACGUUGUUUGGUCCAUUCACAGAGUGAACUCGGCAGCAGGGGCAGCUCACCGAGGCAAUUAAGCACCAGAUUAGCUGAAAAAAUCGCAAAAUCACAAAGUGCACCUGUGGUACACUAUCUUCCUUAAAAUUAGGGUGACUUACAUUUUAAGAUUGCAUUCAUCUCACAUUUCUGCUGCAAAUGGUUGAGAAGCAACUACAGAAAUAUAAACAACUCAGAACCAGUUUAGAGUUUUCAUCUGUUUCUAAGUAAUACAGCGGCUGAUGUCUGGGUGUCACUGGGUGGGAGAGAAUAGGUGUGCUUAUAACAUGUGGGUUAUAACAGUGUCAUAUACCAAUGAGGGACAAGAUCAUUGUCCCCUGUCCAUCCCUGAUUGAAUAGAAUAGAAUAGAAUAGAAUAGAAUAGAAUAGAAUAGAAUAGAAUAAACCUUUAUUAUCCCACGGACGAGAAAUUUUGGUGUUCAGUGUUUAGGAUGAGAGAUUUUUAGGUAGUAACAUUCUUUCUUUCUUUCUUUCUUUCUUUCAAAUUUUAAUUUUUUAAUUUUUUGGGACCAACACAAUUUUUUAGUGCACAUACAAUUAGAGAUAAAAAUAGAGAUUUUAACAGAUAAAUACUAUUUAUAAGUCUAAUGUUAUUUGUAAUUGCUACCAGGGAUAGGUUGGGUUAGAAAAUAGCGUAAUCAUUCCCUUACAUCUUAAAAAUAAAGAACACUGUUGGUUUUUAAUCAUUUAUCUUUAUCUAAUCAUAAAGAAGGCCUGGGAAACUGAAACACAGACUGCCUGUGGUGUACCUGCAAAUGUUUUUUAAAUGCAGCCAACGAAGUUCAAAAGGGACAAUUCCGUUUCAAAUCAUUAUUAAAUUAAUAAUUAAAUACCUUUAAAGGUUAGCUUAUGGCAGGUUAGCCUGCAUAGACUGAAGCAGAAUUAGCACAUGUGACAGACAAAGUGCUCAAUUUUUUUCUCAUUUAGCUGAGAAAUGUUCCCAAUGAUAGCUUAGUAAAAUAUAACAUCAAACACCCACAAAUAUAAAUCUUUAAUUGAUUUUAGUAAAAAAUUUUCUCCUUGUUAUUUCUAAUUGUUUGAAUUAGAUAUUUAAUUCAGUUCAGUUUAUGUAUAAUGGCACCAAAUCACAACAAAAUAUGCCUGAAGAUGCUUUAUAUUGUGAGGUGAAGACCUUACAGUAGAGAGAAAACCCCCCAAUAAUCAGUUGCUCUUUGAACAGCUGGCUGUGGUGGGGAGGAAGAACUCCCUCUUAACAGGAAGAAACCUCCGACAGAACCAGGAAGUUGCAGCCAUCCACCAUGACCAGUUGGGAGUAAGAGAAAAGAAAGUAGGAACAGCACAUAUUUAGCAUCACCCUUAAACAUCUGUAAUUAUCUUGCACAAAUGUAAAUUGGCGCUAUUUGUCGUAAACAAAUGUGGGUACUUUGUAUCAAAGUUUAGGAACUGUAUGUCCAAAAUUCAGUGAUUUUAAAGAUACUGAAACAACAGGUGUCACAACCGUACCUGCUCCCCUCAAACAGCAAACGUGAUUCUGCCUCUGAACUGGCAUCAUGCGCUUAGAAACCCACAGGGCUUUACUUGGAGUGAGAGACUGUGGCAGCAAAAGAGGAUACACUUUAAUUAGGUGCAUUUAGAUCGUUUAGAUUCACUGACACUGUAUGUGCGGUCUUUCUUAGCAUAUCAGUCUUCUGUUUUCUCAUAUGGUUGUUUUUAAUGUUUUCUGUUGUUGAUUAUGAUAACGUUUCACAUAUUCUCUCUUCCCCUCAUAAUGGCGCAUCAUCUCUCCUAAACCCAGAUUACACCCUAACUAAAAAAGCCCGACCUUUUAGUCUUUGUUUUUCAUACAUAUGCUGUGUUUUAACUUUUGCGUUUGCUAUCGAAGCGUCAGUUCUCGCGAGACUUUGUGGCAUGUUUUAUUUGAAGGAGCAGACCAAUGAACAACUGGAACUGAACUGUGUAUAUUGUAGAAAGAGAUGCAUGUAAGUCCUUAAGGAUUUGAUACUCCUAUGAACAAAAUUAAACCUUUCUAAACCUCUCUCUUAUACCAAGGACGUAAGAUGUGAAUAAAAUAAAUUCAGCUUUCGAGCUUGAAUGUGAGAGCAGUACAUCAAGGGAUAAACUGGUAUCCCUUAAAAAAUACGUAAUAUCAUUAUUGUGUCAAGUCUUUGGAUAUGAUAUUUUCAUUGUAGCUGAACAUAUUGAUCUCUGAAGUACCAUUUGAGUGAAUCAUCGUGGUCUAAGACUAACUGUAAAUGUUGGCUUGUUGGGUGUUGCAUGGUUUAGCAAGAUUCUCUCUUUCUUUUUUAAGGAUUUAAUGUGAUUAAAAGAAAAGAAAUAUUAGCGAUGCGAUAUCCAGAUGUCAGUAGUGGUCGUAUACUGCGGAUACAGUAUUCACGGGAACCAUUUGUAAGGCACGGAUAGCAGAAAGGAAAAAAAAAAGUUGUCUGGAUCUGAUGCCCCAGCCUGUAACAAUCAAGUGCUGCAUCUUUAAAUAUUGGUGUCAAAUCUAGUAUCCUGUAUCUUUUAAUAAAGGUUAUUCAAACAAA